AUGCUGGGUGCUACGAUAUCUCAACCUGCGCAGCAAACGGUGCAAAUAUCAGCGGCGCAGGCACAUAAACGUUAUGAUAACUGGCGGAUCACACGGUCUCGGGCUGGAAAUUGUGCGCAGAUUCGGCGACAGCGCGACGGUCUUCGUUUUGGACCAGGAAAUAUCCGCUCAGCUCGAGCCGCUGGCCACGAAAAAUGUGCAUUUUCUCCAGUGCAACGUGGCGGACCCGGAGUCGCUGGAAACCGCGCUAAACACUGUCUUCAGCCGCGUCGGCCAAUUAGACGCCGUGAUCUGCAACGCCGGUGUCCGCCAGACCAGACAGACUCUACAUCUGCAACCGGCAGAGCUACGAGAACUUUUCGAUAUCAAUUACUUCGCCAACGUUCAGCUCGUACAGCACGUUCUGAAACACCAUAG